AACUAAAAAGAUAGACGGAUUAGUAAACAAUUAUUAUUUAAUAAUUAUUGUUGUGAAGGAAGUAGUAGACAACUAUUAUAAUAAUUAGUAAAAAAUGAUCAUUAUAUUAAACCAAAAAGGGCACUGGUCACCAAUUAGGGCUUUAUCCAGGGGCGGACUGACCAUUUGGAAACUCGGGCACUGCCCGAGGGCCCGGGAUGCCCCUGGUACCUUUUUCAUAGGCUUUUUUUGAGUUUGGGCAAGGACACAGGGGCCCCAUGAUCCCCUAUUGCCUGGGGG